UUGUGUAGAUUCGAUGGUGGAGAUAUGUUGUCAAGGCUUAGUGGGAAGAGCAUAAUGUUUGUGGGGGACUCGUUGAGUUUGAACCAAUGGCAAUCACUCAAUUGCAUGCUUCAUACAGGUGCACCACAGGCUAAUUACACCUUAAGGAGGACUGGGGAGCUCUCCACAUUCACAUUUCCGGAGUACGAUGUUAAAGUGUUGUUCUACCGGCAUGCAUUUCUUGUUGAUAUUAUAAGCAGGUCUGGUAUGGGGCGGGUUCUUAAGCUUGACUCAAUUGAGGGCGCAAAAGUAUGGAGUGGAUCAGACGUAUUGAUCUUCAAUUCAUGGCAUUGGUGGACUCAUACAGGAAGAAAACAACCAUGGGAUUAUAUUGAAGAAGGGAGUAAGACGUACAAAGACAUGGAUCGCUUGGUUGCAUUCGAGAAAGGGUUGAACACAUGGGCUCAAUGGGUUGACUCUAAUGUCGACCCUACAAAGACCAAGGUCUUUUUUCAAGGGGUUUCCCCAGAUCAUUCCAAUUCAAGUAUUUGGGGAGAAGCAAAUGGAAAUCGGUGCGAGGGAGAAACAGAGCCAGUGGGUGGCCCUACUUAUCCAGGAGGUGCAGAUCCCGCAGAGGCGGUGGUAGAGAAAGUGAUAGGGAAGAUGCGGAAGGCGGUCCACUUGCUUAAUAUUACAACCCUAUCCCAGCUACGGAAAGAUGGGCAUCCAUCAUUCUACCAUGGACACGGCCACGCCGUCAUGGAUUGCAGCCAUUGGUGCCUAGCCGGUGUACCUGAUACUUGGAAUCAACUCUUAUAUGCCGCUCUCCUUUACAACUAGCUUGCUUGCUUGCUUCCAUCACGCUUUAAUCAUUUUCAUUAUUUUUCCAACCAAUAAUGUUCUUUUUUUUAUUAUUAAAAUUAUAUAUUACCGCAAAUAAAUCAAUAGAAAAUGGA